AUGAGUUCUGCAAAGUAUCAUCAUUACGGACAAAGUAACAUCAAUGGUCAACGUCCAUCUCCAUUGAAGAUCAACAAAGAAUCCCAUCUCAUUCGCAAAUCUUCUUCUUCUUCAUCAGCUUCUACGUCGAAUUCUUCAUCAUCGGUAUCUGUAAUAGAUCCUCCUGUUUUUGGAGAAAAACUGGAGCAGCAGCGGCAAAAGAACCAACCGGUUAUUAUCUAUACACAUUCACCUAAGGUAAUCCAUACGCAAGCCAAGGAUUUUAUGGCCUUGGUACAGAAACUCACGGGACUUUCGCGGUCUAAAAAUCAAGAAAUGGCACCCCUUGCACAGCAAGGGCAAGAUCAUCAAGGUGUUGUGAGUAAGGGUUUAAAAGCGGGGAAGGGUAACUGUAACGAAAGAAAGCAUGUUGGUCAUGGUGAUAAUGACUCAUCUUCAAUUUCAACAGAAGAGAAUUGUCAUGGGGCUGCUGCUGGUGUUGAUAUUGUUGUUUCACCAUUUCUUAAGCCACCAAAUGCUCCUCACUUCGCUGAUGUUCCUCUUUUUACCCCAACUUCUUCCGAUUUCUUUUUCUCACCCAGGCCAGUAUUUAGAUGUCCUGAUUCAGUUUUUGCAUCGCCAAAGAUGGGAAAUCCGAUAUCUCCAUCUGUUCUGGAGUUCAUUAAGGGCCUACCUGAAUAUUGA